AUGAAAGGAGCUAAAUCAAAGACUGAAACCAGGAGCUCUAAGCUCUCUGUGACUAAGAAGCCUGCGAAGGCAGCAGGCCGUAGCAAAGCAGCGGCUAAGGAUCCUAACAAACCAAAGAGGCCAGCCAGUGCCUUCUUCGUUGGAAAAGCUGCUGGAGACAAGUGGAAGUCCUUGUCAGAUGCUGAGAAAGCACCUUACGCUGCUAAGGCUGAGCAGCGCAAGGUUGACUACGAGAAGAACAUGAAAGCUUACAACAAGAAACUGGAGGAAGGCCCAAAGGAAGAUGAGGAGGAAUCUGAGAAGUCAGUGUCAGAGGUUAAUGAUGAAGAUGAUGCUGAGGAUGGUAGUGAUGAGGAGGAGGACGAUGACUAA